AAUAAAAGAGCUGAGCAGAGAGGACUUUCUGCAGCAGGAGGGAAUCCUGCCUCAGUUCAACUGGCCCCAGCACAGUCUGAAUCUGGUAUUUUACACUAUGUUCAUGCGGCAGGGGAUUUUCUUCCAGUAAAAACUACAGUUGGAAAAUUGGAAGGAUUUAUCCAGAGCAGAUGGAGCAACUCAGAGUUGGAGGUCGUGGACUUUGAACACAUCGGCCUCGAUGGCAGCUCAGCUGUUGUGCUCUGAGCGGACAGGACCGGUCCGGAGGGCGUACCGGGACACCAACCUGCUGACUGACCGGGUCAUGCACGCGCUGCUGCGGGCUGAGGAGAAGAACCUCCCCGCUCCAAACUACUUCAAAUGUGUGCAGAGAGAAAUCGCUCCUUACAUGAGGAGGAUGGUGGCGACGUGGAUGCUGGAGGUGUGUGAGGAGCAGAAGUGUGAGGAAGAAGUUUUCCCUCUGGCUAUGAAUUACAUGGAUCGCUUCUUGUCAGUGGAGCCCACCAAAAAGAGUCAUCUGCAGCUACUGGGAGCGGCCUGCAUGUUCCUGGCAUCCAAACUGAAGGAGACCAUCCCGCUGACUGCUGAGAAACUCUGCAUCUAUACAGACAACUCUAUCACUCCAUCCCAGCUGCUGCAGAUGGAGCUGCUGGUUUUGGCCAAGCUGAAGUGGGACCUGGUUUCUCUGACCCCUCUUGACUUUAUUGAUCACUUCCUGUCUCAGCUGCCCGUCAGGAUGGAGAGCAAGGCUGUGCUCAGGAAGCACGCUCAGACCUUUGUUGCACUGUGUGCUACAGAUGUUAAAUUCAUCGCCAGCCCUCCGUCCAUGGUGGCAGCAGGCAGCGUGGUGGCAGCAGUGGAGGGCCUACGAGUGAGGAUGGUGGGUGACACCGUGACGUCUCAGACGCUGACAGAGCAGCUAGCUCACACCAUCAGGAGCGACCCGGACUGUCUCCGGGCGUGUCGGGAACAAAUCGAGUCGCUGUUGGAAACUAGUCUCAGACAGGCUCAGCAGCACUCAGUUACCAUGGAAACGAAGAGCCUCGUCGAGAGCCAGGACCACUCAGCGACACCCACAGAUGUACAGGACGUAAACAUCUGAACUGAUGAAGCUGAUGGUCCUCUAUGACACUGUGGGACUCAACAACCUGCUGUUAAAUGGCAGAAGGUCUGAAGGGAUCACAACAUGUUUUCACAAGUGUUUGGAUGGAAAACACAUGAAUGACUUUAGUUUUCUGUUAUUUAUAAAGUCAGACAGUCUCAGAGGAGGGUGUGUGUUCAUCUCUUCACUGCAGGAGUCCAACAUCUACUUCCCAGACAGGUUUCCGGUAACUCACACUAACGAAACUCAUCUCACUCUCCUCACUCAGGGUGUCAAACGGACGGAGCCUGGUUCAGAAUGACCUGAGCUCAUCUCCUGAAGGAAGAUCAGAGCUGCUCUAGGUUCUACUUAAGGCUCUAAAGCAGGGGUGUCAAACAUACAGCCCAGAGACCAGAAUCGGCCCACCAGAGGGUCCAAUCUGACCUGCAGGAUUAAUUCAGUCAAUAUGAAAAUAACAUAAAACAUUUACUACAAUGUGUAAAAAUAAAAGCAACUGUAAUUCUUAAUUUGUCCAUGUGAGGUUAGUUUUUUAUGUUUAAAUAUAAAACCUUUCCAAGGCAGGGGAAAUUCUGUUACACACUAAAAAAAAAAAAAAAAAAAUUAUGGGAAAAAAUUUCACUUCAGUCAAAUGUUUUAAUUUAGUGAGAAAGAAUUUAGUUAACUGAACCAAAUGUAAAUAUUCGGAGUCAUCCUGAUGUAUUUGGGUUACUACUACAUGGUUCCGUCCAACUAGAUCUGUAAGGCUGAAUAUAACAUAUUAACCUGGAUCUGAGCUUCAUUAAAUAGUUACAGCUACUUUUUAAAAUUAAUUUUAUUACAAUAAUUAAUUGUGGUGAUCCAACAAACAAAGUUAAAUCUAUUUAUCAUUAUUACAAUUAAAUAUGUUUACCUACAGCUGGUAUCAAAUUUGGAAACAAAGCAAACUGGAUCUGACUUAAAAACGGUUAAUUCAGUGUUAAACAGCGUAAAACAGACUGAGCAUUAUGUCUGAAAAAACACUAAACAGCAGUUACAGACUUUGCUUAUCUGUCUGAGUUGUCAUUGGAGACCAGUGUUAGAACCCUCCAUAUUUAUGAGAAUGCAUACAUAAUCAUACAAAAUAUAUUAAUUUUAGUAAAACUAUCUAUAGAAAGUCAGGCAGACAUCUUGGUGGAACUUUCAACAUUUGUUCUUCAUUUCUUAAUACUGGAUUCUGACCUGCUGGUAAUAAAAACUCAAGUGUGCAGCAUCACACAGAUUUAACAAUGAACCAACAUUAUGUGUCUAAAUUAUGAGCUUUCUGAUAAAAUACAAAUGAAUGCUGGUUAUAACGUUAUGUGCAGAAUGUGAGCCUGGAAACUGACUGCAAUAAAAAAAAAAAAAAGGUUUGAGGACCAGCAUCUAAAAAUGGCCGCUGUUUAUGAGGGACACGUGUUUGACCACAGAAAGGGAAUCUGCUCCCCUCUGUUCUGGAGACGAAAGAUGAAGUGAUUGCAGACUAAACCCAUAAGAACAAUGUGUUGAAAUAAAUUUUUUUGGUCAGUUUUAAGUUGUUGCACGUUAAUGAUAAAAUGACGAUUGAAAACUGUGAAACAUGAUUGCAUUUAAUAGAAUCUACAUAUUUGAUAAUGUAAUAAAAGCCCAGUGAGUUUUUCUGAGUGAAUCAUUUUUAUCUUUCUUAUUUCAUAGAUCUGACUUGGAUUUGUGUUCAGGAUUGCUACACACAUGUGGAAAUGUACAUGUAUGUACAUUUAAAGUGACUUUUAGAUCUUAAAAUGUUACUCUGAUCAUAAUGUGAAACACUGGAUUUUCAGUAAUUGUGAUGUGAUUAAGUGUUUGGUGAUUUUGUUGUCUAUUGUGAUCUGGAAGUUGUAA